AUGAUUUCUUUGAAACUUCAGCAAUUUGGUGUAAUUAAGAAUUAUACGGAUUUUGAGGUGGAAGAGUACUAUGGAGACAAGGGGGUUGAUGAAUGGAACUUAAUGCGCUGGGAAAAGGAAAUUAAUGAGCAUGAUGUAUUGGUUAUGACCCCCCAGAUUCUCUUGGAUGCCUUGAGAAAGGCAUUUGUCAGUCUAGAAAAAGAAUUUUAUCACAAAUCUAGUGAGAAGCCAAAGAUUUUUGGAAUGACAGCAUCACCUGUAAUUAGAAAAGGUGUCUCAUCCACCAUUGAUUGUGAGUGUCAAUUGUCAGAACUUGAGAGCAUCCUGGAUUCCCAGAUAUAUACUACUGAUGACCGAAAAGAGAUGGAAGUAUAUGUUCCCUCUGCAAAAGAAACUUGUAUAUUUUAUGACCAAGCAUGGUUUCCCAGCUUGAAUUUGAAAGCAAAGUUGGAAGCCACAUGGUCUAAGUUACCCGGGUCACAGCAUAGUCACUACAAAGACAUUGAUGAAAAACUCAAGACGCUGCGAAAGAGGUUGUCCAAUGAUCUUGCAAAGAUUUUGUACUGCCUUGAUGAUCUAGGUCCAAUAUGUGCUUAUGAGGCUGUUAAAGUCUGCCUAGAGAAUGCCCCUACCGCCCAAGAAGAUUUUGAGAUUUAUAGAGAAAUUUCCCUAGAGUGUAAAAAUUUUCUUGAGGAAGUCCAAUGCAUAAUUGGGGAGCUUUUUCCACUUGGUGAUGAAAAUUUUUUGGAUGUAGGACUUGACCAUACUAAGGCAGUUCAUUUUGGCUACAUAUCUCCAAAAUUGCAUGAACUGCUUCAAAUUUUCCUAUCAUUUGGAGGAGCUAGCCAUGUACCAUGCCUUAUCUUUGUUGAUAGAAUUGUUACAGCUAAAGUUAUUGAAAGAUUUAUGAAGAAAGUUACCUGUUUGUCUCAUUUCACUGUUUCAUAUUUAACUGGAAGUAAUACAUCAAAUGAUUCAUUGGCACCAAAAAUGCAAAAGGAAAUUUUGGAAUCAUUUCGCUCUGGAAAGGCCAAUCUAUUGUUAACUACUGAUGUAGUUGAGGAGGGGAUUCAUGUACCAGACUGCUCCUGUGUGAUACGUUUUGAUAUGCCCAAGACAGUCCGCAGUUAUGUUCAGUCUCGUGGACGAGCUCGACAAAAUGAUUCUUUAUUUGUUAUGAUGCUUGAGAGGGGAAACAUGAAACAAAGGAAUCAACUAUUUGACAUCAUAAAAAGCGAGUAUUCGAUGAAAAACACAGCAUUAAAUAGAGACCCUGAUUCAUGCACUUUGAAACCUUGUAGAAUUGGGGAAACAAAUGCAUAUUUUGUCAAUGCAACUGGAGCAUCAGUUAGUUCAGAUUCUAGUGUCAGUCUCAUACAUCGAUAUUGUGCAAAGCUCCCUGGUGAUAGGUACUACACUCCAAAGCCAAAUUUUCAGUUCUCAAUUUCCAAUGGGUUUUAUGAGUGUAAAUUAAUUUUACCUCCUAAUGCGGCCUUUCAAACUAUAGUUGGUCCCUUGAGCAGUAAUUCUCAAAUAUCCAAGCAACUCGCAUGCUUGGAAGCAUGCAAGAAGCUGCAUCAAAUGGGUGCUUUGAAUGAUCACCUUCAACCUUCCAUAGAAGAGCCUUCAGCAAAUGAUCUCAAUAUAAAUUGCAAGGAAUCAGCUUCGGGUGCCGGAACAACUAAAAGGAAGGAAUUGCAUGGAUUAACUAGCAUCCGUGCAUUAUCUGGAACUUGGGGCAAAAAACUUGAUGGCAUCUUAUUUCAGGCCUAUAAAUUUGACUUCUCCUGUACUAUUAUUGAUGAGAUUUAUUCUGGAUUUGUUCUUCUAAUCGAUUCAAGGCUUGAUGAUGAUGUGGGAAAUGUGAAAUUGGAUCUUUACUUGGUCUCAAGGAUGGUUAAGUCUAGUGUGUCUUCUUGCGGGCAAGUGCAUUUGGAUGCAGAACAGAUGAUGAAAGCAAAGUGCUUUCAGGAAUUUUUCUUUAAUGGUUUGUAUGGGAGAUUGUUUGUUGGAUCUGAAUCAGCUGGAACAAAGAGAGAAUUUCUACUUCAGCAUGAAACAACUCUACCGUGGAGCCCAUCGUGCAUGUAUUUGCUUCUGCCACUCGAGACAUUGAACACUUCAAUUCAUGAAAAUUUGAGAAUCAAUUGGACGGGAAUCAAUUCUGCUGCUUCUGUAGUAGAAUUUUUGAAGAAAAACUCCUUUCUGGGUUCUCAGCAUUGUAAUGGUAAUAGAGAAAAUUCAUCACCGUGUAGGAUUAAUUUAUCUCAAACAAAAUGCAAGGAUGCCAACAUAAUCAACUUUGCUAAUUGUUCAGUCAAUGUAAACGAUCUUAAAGAUAUGGUAGUGUUGGCUAUUCACACCGGAAGAAUCUACUCCAUCAUUGAAGUUGUAAGUAAUUCAUCGGCUAAUAGUCAUUUUGUGGGUGAUACAUCUGCUGAGACUUCUUUUGAACAGAUGCCUAAUGGAGAUUAUAAUACUUUUAUCGACUACUUCCACAAGAAGUAUGGAAUUGUGCUUAUGUACCCGGAACAGCCUUUGUUACGGUUGAAGCAAAGUCAUAACCCACACAACCUUCUCAAGAAUUUUAAUGGUACUUCUUCUUGUGAUGGCCUAGUUAAUGAAAAGACACAAAUUCAUGUUUUUGUGCCACCUGAGAUUUUAGUCUACAUCAAUGUUUCAGUGGACGUUUUAAGAUCAUUUUACCUGCUACCAGCGUUGAUGCACCGUCUGGAAUCUCUGAUGUUAGCCAGCCAGCUUAGAGGAGAGAUCAGUUGUCCCUCUAGUGACUUCCAAAUUUCAAGCUCAUUGAUUCUGGAAGCACUGACAACACUAAGAUGUUGUGAAAGUUUUUCAAUGGAGCGUCUGGAAUUGCUUGGGGAUUCGGUUCUAAAGUAUGCUGUGAGUUGCCACCUAUUUCUUAAAUAUCCAGAAAAACAUGAAGGACAAUUAACUGCUCGCCGCUCAUGGGCUAUUUGCAAUUCAAACCUACAUAAAUUAGGAACAGAUCACAAAUUACAGGGUUAUAUACGAGAUAGUGCAUUUGAUCCACGUCGUUGGGUUGCUCCAGGACACCGCUCUAUACAUCCUGUUCCUUGUGAAUGUGGUGUGGAUGCCUUAGAAGUGCCCUUGGAUGCCCAAUUCCAAACUGUAGACAUGAAAGUUAAAGUUGGAGUUUGCUGUGAUAGAGGUCACAGAUGGAUGACUUCAAAAACAGUAGCUGAUUGUGUUGAGGCACUCAUCGGAGCAUACUAUGUUGGUGCUGGAUUGGUUGCUGCACUUCACAUGAUUAAGUGGCUUGGAAUUGAUGCUGAACUUGAGCCUACAUCAGUACUUGAAGCCAUUACAAGAGCAUCUCUACAGUCUUACAUCCCAAAAACUAAUGAGAUUGAAACUCUAGAGUCAAAGCUUGGGUAUAUAUUUUCCACCAAGGGUCUGUUACAGGAGGCCAUAACACAUGCAUCUGAGCAAGAAGCAGGAGUUGGCUACUGUUACCAGAGGCUGGAAUUUCUGGGGGACUCAGUAUUGGAUCUGCUAAUUACCUGGCAUCUCUAUCAAAGCCACACAGAUAUUGAUCCAGGUAAGUUGACUGACUUGCGUGGAGCUGCAGUUAGCAAUGAAAACUUUGCUCAAGCCGCAGUUAGAAGAAACAUUCAACCACACCUUCGACAUUGCUCUGGGUUACUUCUUAGUCAAAUAGCAGAUUAUGUGAGGUCAUUAACUGAAUCUACUGAAACCACUAGGACACUCGAAGAACCAAAAUGUCCGAAGGCUCUUGGAGACAUGGUGGAAAGUAUUGCAGGGGCUAUGCUUAUUGAUACCAAGCUUCAUCUUGAAGAUGUGUGGAGAAUAUUUAAGCCAUUAUUAUCUCCAAUUGUGACCCCAGAUAAUCUAGUACUGCAUCCCUUGCGUAAACUGAACGAAUUAUGUGACUCUCUUGGGUACUUUAAAAAGGAAAUAUUUAAUGAGGGAGAAAUUGUGCAUGUUGAGAUUAGGUUACAACUUGAAGAUGAGCUAUUAAUUGGGGAGGGAUAUCAUAGGAACAGAAAAGCUGCAAGAGGACAAGCAGCUAAGAGUGUAUUGAAGAAACUUGAGAACAAAGGAAUUUUUGACUCCCAGUGUGAUUUCAAGAGGAGAACGGGUUGUCCUGGUCAUACUAAUAAUUCAUCAUCCCAAGACAUCGAUAUUAAUAGCUGCAGAAAAAUAUCCGAUGAAGGUUCUUCAGAGUCAAUAAUCCAAAUAAAGCAAAAAACAGCUGAAACCCAAUUGCCUGCAGAGUCAACUACAGAUGCUUCUCUAGGCCAUGACUGUUCCAAGAAAACCCGCAGUCCCAAUAUUGCCACCCCAGUUAUUAAGUCAAUCAACUUCAAAAGAGGAGGACCCAGAACCACUCUUUUUGACAUAUGCAAACGACUGCAAUGGCCAAUGCCUACAUUCACACCAACAGAACACAAAUCAAGAACUCCAAUUGAAAUUGGUGAAGGCCCUGAAAGAAGAACAGGUUUUAAUAUUUUUGUUUCCAAAAUUAGCAUCCACAUACCAAACUCUGGGAUUAUCAUGUGCACAGGAGAUCCGAGAGCUGAUAAGAAGAGCUCAUUUGACUCUGCAGCACUUGUCAUGCUUAAUGAGCUUGCACGAUUGGAAAAACUUGUGAUUGCUGACUCUGCAACUAAAGGUGAAUGACAUCAUAUGACUUUACCACAUUACAUUCUCUCAAAUUGGAGUUAUAGUUGAUAGAAAAGCCAAAUGUUACUGAAUUCUUCUAUCCUUGCUUCCUAAAAAUUUGAUUUGAGCCUUCCGUCAACUAAUUAACUGGAUGCACUGAACCUCCA